CGGGGAGGGCGGGGGCCGGCGCGGGGCAGGGCCGGGCCGGGCCGCUCCGGGGCGGGCGCUCGGCAAGGAGCACAGCACUUGCCCCGAAGGUGUGCGAAGCGCCGGCCAUGAGGACCCUGUGGAUGGCGCUGUGCGCGCUAGCGCGGCUGUGGCCCGGGGCUCUGGGCGGCUGCGCUGACGCGGGGCGCUGCUGCCCCGGCCGGGACCCCGCCUGCUUCGCCAGCGGCUGGAGGCUGGACAGGGUCUAUGGGACGUGUUUCUGCGACCAAGCCUGCCGCCUCACCGGAGACUGCUGCUUCGACUACGCCAGGGCGUGCCCAGCUCGCCCGUGCAUCGUUGGGGAGUGGAGCCCCUGGAGCGGAUGUGCGGACCAGUGCAAGCCGACGGCGCGAGUGCGGAGGCGCGCGGUGCGCCAGGAGCCCCAGAACGGCGGCGCGCCCUGCCCGGCCCUGGAGGAGAGAGCCGGCUGCCUGGAGUAUGCGACAGCCCAGGGCCAGGACUGCGGGCACGCCUUUGUCCCUGCCUUUAUAACCACCUCUGCGUUCAACAAGGAGCGAACCAGACGAGCAGCCUCCCCACAGUGGUCUGCAGACACAGAGGAUGCCGGAUACUGUAUGGAGUUCAAGACAGAGUCCUUGACGCAUCACUGCGCCCUGGAAAACCGCCCCCUGACACGGUGGAUGCAGUACCUCCGAGAGGGCUACACAGUGUGUGUGGGCUGUCAGCCUCCAGCCAUGAACGCUGUGAGCCUCCGUUGCUCUGGAGACGGCCUGGACUCUGAUGGAAACCAGACUCUCCACUGGCAGGCAAUUGGCAACCCUCGGUGUCAGGGAACUUGGAAAAAAGUGCGGCGAGUGGAACAGUGCUCCUGUCCAGCUGUUCACAGCUUUAUUUUUAUAUAGAUUAAAAGUAUUUCAAAAUGUGUUUGUAAACAUGCUAAAGAGUAGCAAGUCAUGUCCAACACUGCAUAAUCCUUUCAAAACUCUGGCCAAAUUCCCUGAAUAUAUGUCAUCGCCACACUCUGAAGUAGAGAAAGGACACUUAGAGGCCAGUUCUCAAGAAACCUCGUGCCUUCCUUUCUGUUUUUACUAAGUUGAGGACACACACCAAAAGUCUUCUCUGGUUUUAUGCCCUUGGAUUUGUCACCUAGUCUUCUCAUUCGACAGGUGGCCCAGACACAGAGUACAUCUAUCUGAGCUAAAACUACUACAUUUUAGUGGUCUGUGUGUUGGUAAAUUGUUACUUUAAGGGUGUCCACGCUUUGCAUCUCGCAUACUUUCUUUCUAUUCCAUAAUCUCCUCAAAAUUUCUUGCUUUAAAAAACGUCUACAGAUAUAGGUACAUUCGUCUUCAUUCGUUUCCCAUUUAUUAUUCCCUAAAUUCUGAAAUAAUAACUUCGAGCAAAUUGUCACAAGUAGUUUUCAACAGGAUAAGCUGUCUGAGGUUUAGUAAGAAUUUUGUAAUGCGAAACCAACAGCUCUGCUAAAAAUGUUUUUUACGAAAUAGAAGAAAUUUUCUUUGGUCCAUUGAAAAGAAUCAAUCCAAUGUUCAUCGUAGGUCAAUACAAGUUCCUUUUUUUUUUUUUACUUUUUUCGGCUGCCCCUGAAACAUGUGGAAAUUUCCGGGCGAGGGAUCAAAUCCAAGCCAGAGCUUUGACCUAUGCCACAGUUGCAGCAACGCUGGAUCCUUAACCCACUGUGCCACAGUGGGAACUCCACAAGUUCCUUUAAAUGUUAUAAUUUCCAUGAAGUGAAAUUUUGGCACCAGUGAAUGAAAUCGCUUAAUUAUCAGCAUUCUACUAUCAUAAAUGUCUAAAAUUAUUUCCAAGGCUUAAAGCCUGAAGUUGACUAAAAUAAUCUUGGGGUCCAACCCCAAGUUUAAUUGAAGUAAGUGUGCUACAUUUUAUUUCCUAUAGCACAUGUUUUCUUUUGUUUGGAGUAGAAGGCAGAGGUAUAGAUUAUCUAAGGCGUAGAUUUUUUAUGAGUGUUAGGAUUCCUGCCGACGACCCACCACAUACACACACAGAGAAGUAUUAGUCUCUUUACUUUAUAAUUGGAAUAUCAAUGAACGAGAAACAAAGUGCCUUAUUGAAGGAUCUGGGCUGACAGUUGGAGCCAAAACUUAGCUUCUCAUCCAGGAUUUAGCUUCGACACAGGGCCUGACGAUGCCAAAGAUUCUGCUGUAAAAGCGAAGUUCUGAGACAAAUUUUAAAUUCAGGAUAUUUUUCUGGAGAACUGAGUCUUGAGAUUUAAACUACAAGCGAACCUUAGAGAUAUUUGGGUUUGGUUCCAAACCACUGCAGCAAAGCAAGUCACGAGAAAGAGAAAGUUUUGGUUUCCCAGUGCAUAUAAAAGUUAUGUUUAUACUAUUCUGAAGUCUAUUAAGUGUGCAACAGCAUUAUGUCUAAACAAAUGUACAUACUUUGUUUUAUUUUAUCUUUUUCUUUUUAGGGCGGCACCUGUGGCAUAUGGAAGCUCUCCCAGGCUAGGGGUCUAAUCGGAGCUGAAGCCGCUGGCCUACACCAGAGCCAUAGUAAUACGAGAUCUGAGCCUCGUCUGCGACCUACACCACAGCUCAUGGCAACACCUGAUUCUUAACCCAUUGAGAGAGGCCAGGGAUCGAACCUGUAUCCUCAUGGAUACUAGUCAAGUUCUUAAUCUGCUGAGAUGCAAUGAUAACUCCCCAUACCUUAAUUUUAAAAUACUUUAUUGUUGAAAGAUGCUGAACAUCCUCUGAACCUUUAAUGAGUAGUAACAUCAGAGAUCACUGCUCCCAGAUCACCUUAACAAGUAUAAUAAUAAUAAUGAAAAAGUUUGAAAUAUUGUGAGAAUUACCAACAUGUGACACAGAGAUACAAAGUGAGCAAAUGCUUCAAAACUUCCAUUUGAACAAAAUGCAAUAUCUGCAAAGCACAAUAAAAUGAGGUAUGCCUAUAUAUGAAACUUCUUUGGUUUCACUUGUAUAAAAUAUUAUUUACUAGCACAUGUAUUUCUUGGUACUUAUAAGUAUAUAAUGACAAUAGUGAAGCUUAAUAGGGAUGAGAAAGUCCCCAAUAUUUAACACUGAGUGUAGCAAUAUUUCUGACUAUGUAUUUAUUUAACUGUCAGAAUUGUUUUGUGAUAAAUUCUUCAGAAAUUAAUAAUUAAAAAAUUGUGUCUCAACAGGGCUGGGAACUUCAACUGUAAGUUCAGUAUUAACAUUUCAAGACCAUUUCUAACAUGUAAAACUUUUGGGCCUCCCCGGGUAAUUUUCAAUGUUACUUAAAAUUUUAUACCAGUAAAUAAACUUUCUGUUCACAUUUUUUAAA